AUGGAUGAACCCUGUGACAACGCAGAUGCCCAGCAAAGGCAGGGUCUCCUGACAGCUACUCUGAGAGGGAAGUGGUCAGGCCGCUGGAUGUGCCACACAAAAGGAAGCCUGAGUGGCUGUCGGGAGGUGGGCAAGGCCCAGCGAACAAGGCGAGAGGAAGCUGGUGUGCAGCAGGGCAGAGGCCUGGUCCCCCCAACACACGGACCCCAGCCCCAGUGUCCUGAGCUUUUUGACCCCCUGGGACUCAGUGCCCUGGCCUGCCUGGGGAGCAGCCUGACACUGGGCAGGGAGGUGACAGCUGAAUGGCUCUCCAGGGCUGUGGUCCUGCACCCCUCUUUGAGCCUCCUUGCCAAAGGGCAGUAUCUGCCUGCAGAGCUCACCCUGAGGCAGGACCAAAAACAGCAGAAAGCACAGCAUUCUUCCCAGGAGCUGAUUCCUGCACCUACACUCUUCCCCCAUGCUCCCUGUGCUCAUGCCCAGGGCUCCUGUGUCCCCUGUGUGGGAGUCCCCCAGGGCUCCCUCAUCCCCAAGUGCUCUGCGCUCACACCCCCAGUGCUUAUGCCCGCCCCCCAAGCUCCCGUGCUCCGCAUGGUGGGGCACGAUGACAAGAGACGUAAGGAGUCACGGCCUCUCCAUCUGAGCUGGGCCAUGGCCAUCUCUGGAGACCUCUUGGUCUCACAGGUGGGCAUGAGCAUGUGACCAGCACCUGGCUAAGGAGACAUAGGAGGGUGUCUUCUGUGCAGAGAGGAGUGGCCGUGAGAGAGGGUGCUCCUAGAAGCACUGUUCCUACCAUGGCAAAGUUGGUGUGAAUCAAGGCAGUGUGCCUUGUACUCCCUGCCCUUGCUGGGUGAAGAUGUGAUGGCUGGAGCUGCAGCAGCCAUAUUCUGCCCUGGAGAAGGCAGGUGCA